AAGCUAAUUUGUGGGAGGAGCUGAGGAGAAUGGUGACAGACAAGGAGGGAUGUUGGUUAAUAGCAGGGGAUUUUAAUGCAGUGAGAGGUCCUGAGGAAAGAAAAGGAAGAACAGGGGAGAGCCCGGACAUGAAGGAUUUUGAUGAGUUUAUUGUGACAACGGAUUUGGUGGAUGUCAAACUGUCGAAUAGAAGGUAUACAUGGUAUAAGCCAGAUGGUACAGCAAGGAGUAGAUUGGACAGAUUUUUAUUGAGCACUAAGAUGAGCAAUAUGGAAGGGCAGUGGAUACAGCAAGGAUUGCCAAGGAAUAUCUCUGAUCAUUGCGCUAUUGUGUUGAAGUCCAGAACAACAGAUUGGGGACCAAGACCUUUCCGGGUUUUGGACGCAUGGCAACAACAUCCAGAUUUUAAGAAGCUUGUAGAAGAUAAAUGGAGUGAGAUGGAGGUCGAGGGCUUUGCGGGGUAUAAGUGCCAGCAAAAGCUGAAAUUACUCAAAGGAUUUUUAAAAGGUUGGAACAAGGAAGUCUUUGGGAACAUGGAAGCUCAAUAUGAGCAAGCAGUAAAAAAGAUUGAGCAGGUUGAUAUGCAGAAUGAGAUAGCUGAUCUGGAAGAUGCUGAGAUUGUGAAGAGACAAGAAGGAUUCUCUGAGAUGUGGGAUGUUUUGAGAAAAAAGGAACUUAUCUGGAAGCAGAAAUCAAGAAGUAAAUGGGUGUGUGAGGGAGAUGCAAAUACCCGUUUUUUUCAUAGAGUCACAAAAGGAAGAAGGGCACAGAAUAAUAUUGCGGGUUUAAUGUGUGAAGGGGCAUGGAUUGAAGAUCCAGAUUUAGUCAAAAAUGAGAUCUCUGAGGAGAAGAAGGAUUGGCUAGAAAGAUCUUUUUCAGCUAAAGAAAUCGAGGAAGUGUUAAGGAGCUGUGAUGGUUCAAAGGCACCGGGACCGGACGGAUACAAUUUCAACUUCCUUAAAUUUGCAUGGCAAAGCAUAAAGGAGGACUUCAUCAACUUUUUUUCUGAAUUCCAUCGUAAUGGAAAAUUGGUGAGGGGACUAAAUGCUUCUUUUAUAGCCUUGAUUCCUAAAAAGUUGAAUGCUGGGGGACUAAAGGAUUAUAGACCCAUUAGCUUGUUAGGAUGUGUCUAUAAAUUAUUAGCGAAGGUGCUGGCAAAUAGAUUGAAAUCUGUGAUAGCAGAAAUAGUGAGUGAAACGCAAUCUGCCUUUGUAGGGGGCCGACAGUUGGUGGAUAGUGUCUUGGUGCUAAAUGAAGUUGUGGAUGAAAUUAAAAGGAAGAAACAGCCAGCUUUUGUUUUCAAAGCAGAUUUCGAAAAGGCAUAUGAUUGCGUAGAUUGCCCGACAAAGGAAUUUGAGAUGGGUAAAGGUUUGAGACAAGGUGAUCCUUUAUCUCCUUUUCUCUUUUUGAUGAUUGCAGAGGGGUUACAAGGGCUGGUAAAGAGAGCAGUAAAUGAGGAAAUGUUGCACGGGAUUGAGAUUGGUAAGAAAGGUUUGUCAGUGUCGUUGCUCCAGUUCGCGGAUGAUACAAUUAUAAUGGGCAGAGCGGAUGCAGAGAAUAUACGUAUGGUGAAGGACAUCCUAAUAUGGUUUGAGCUUAUGUCAGGAUUGAGGAUUAACUUUAGUAAGAGCAGCGUUUUUGGUUACAAUGUGUCUGAAAAAUGGCUCAAAGGUGCAGCGAGUAUGUUACAUUGUAGGGUUGGUAGAGCACCUUUUCUUUAUCUGGGAUUACCUGUUGAUGGCAGAUUUGGGAGCAAGAAAUUAUGGGAGCUGGUCGUAAAUAAAUUCCGUGCCAAACUCGCUAUCUGGAAGGCCGCUACUCUUUCCUUUGGAGGCCGCCUCAUCUUGCUAAAAUCGGUACUCUCUGCACUACCCAUUUUUUAUAUGUCCUUAUAUUUAUUACCAAAUUCUGUGCUUGAAGAGUUGAUUAGAACUCAAAGGAAUUUUUUAUGGGGCGGGACAGGGUCAAUUAAGAAAAUUUCGUGGGUUAGAUGGGAAGAUGUAUGUCGUGAUAAAGCCAAAGGGGGUCUUGGGGUGCCAGAUUUACAGAGGAAAAAUUGGGCAAUGAUAGGAAAGUGGUGGUAUAGGUUAGGUGACGAGGUCGAGAGUCUAUGGAAAAGGGUGGUGAGGGAGAAAUAUUAUGGAGAUAGGGAGGAGGUUGAUAUUACUUCAAUUGAGUGUUUAAGGGUGUCAAAGCUUUGGAGGGACAUCAUAAGGAUAGGGGGUCUGCCUCUUAAACUUAGGAACAUGUUAGUUGAGGGCUUCAAGUGGAAGAAGGAGGGCAAGGUUGCUGAAAUGGGGACUUGGGAGGAGGGUAGAUGGUGCUGGCGGGUGGAGUGGAGGAGGGGUACAAUAGGGCGAGAGAAAGAUGAGGAAGAAUUGUUGGAAAAGGUGCUGGAGGGUGUCAAUCUAAAGGAGGGGGCUGGGGAUGUUUGGAAGUGGGUCCAUGGGAUGGAUGGUAAAUAUGUGGUGAAGCUAGCGUAUGAUUUUUUAGCUUCUUCCGAGAGGGUUUUGGAGGACCAGAUGUGCAAACUAAUAGGGUGCAGGUUGGUGCCAUCCAAAGUGGCUUUUUUUGGGUGGCAACUGUGUUUAGAUAGACUCCCAACAAAGAAUAACUUGCAAAAACGAGGGAUAUUGUUGCAGGAGGGGGUUUUAUGCGAAUGGUGUAAUGGGAAGGUGGAGGAAGUUAAUCAUUUAUUUUGUGUAUGUGAUAAUGCGUGGUUAGCUUGGACUCAAGUGUUGAGUUGGUGGGGCUUAGAGUCUGUUCUGCCUAACACAGUUGUGGGAGUGGCAGAAUUCUUCAUUGGUGGUUUGGGCAGAAUAGUUGGGAAGGAAAUGGGCUCAUGUGUUUUUCUAGUAGUCGCUUGGUAUUUAUGGUAUAGAAGGAAUGUUCAAGUGUUUCGAAAAGAUGAAGGAAUACCAGAAAACCUGCUGGAAAGGAUGCAAGUUAAAACCUUUUUAUGGAUUAAAUCCAAAGUCAAUGGCUGUGUUUUUUCCUUUUAUGAAUGGCAAUCCUGUCCAAUGGAGUGUGCUAUGUCUAUCAAAAAACAUAAAAGGAUGAGGAAGCAGUUCUAUAAAGCGGUAGCUACCUCCAGUUGAUGGAUAGGCGGAGCAGAUUUCUCUUUAAUGUUUUGUUUUGGCCACCUGACGCUUUUUGGUUUAAGUGGUGGUUGUUUAGAUGUUUUUUCUGGUUAUUAGGAGAGUGGCUCUCCUCUGUUCUGAUCUCCUAUUUUUGUAUAAGGGCAGGAGCACCCUUGUGCUUCAUUAAAUUAAUUUUUUUUUG